AAUCCAAUCUCGCCGCCGCCGCCGCCACCGGAUUUAUUCCCCUUGCGAUUAGUCUCGCGCCGCAGCUCUCGCGUAGUCGCCGCCGCCGCCGCCGCCGCCGCUGCUCGCCGUUGCGCCGGGCUUGUUCGUGGUCUCGGCGGCUUGUUCGAGGGCUCUUGCUUUGAGGUAGAGGGAUUUAUUAGGGUUUCGGGAGGAGCGAUGGAGGAGGUGACGGAGGCGGUGAACAGCCUCUCCCUCGCGGAGGCGCACAAGAAGAACCGGAUCCAGGUGUCCAACACCAAGAAGCCGCUCUUCUUCUAUGUCAACCUCGCCAAGAGGUACAUGCAGCUACAUAACGAGGUGGAGCUUUCGGCCCUUGGCAUGGCCAUUGCCACUGUGGUGACUGUUGCAGAAAUUCUCAAAAAUAAUGGCCUUGCUAUUGAGAAGAAGAUUAUGACAUCAACUGUUGAUGUUAAAGACGACUCAAGGAGUCGUCCAAUGCAGAAGGCAAAGAUUGAAAUUGUGCUUGGGAAGACGGAGAACUUUGAUGAGCUGAUGGCGGCUGCUGCUGAGGAGAGGGAAGCCGCAGCUGCUGCCGAGGGCGAAGAACAAGAUUGAAUAAACUAUUUUAAGUUGGCUGUUGAGUUUAAAUUUAGUACCCUGCUACUUAGGUUUAUGUUUCAGUUUAUUUUGGACAGCAAGAGACAUCUUGUGUAAUCGAAAAGCUCUGCUUAUUUGAUUCGUUUGAAUGGUAGUUCAUAGUUCGUCUAUUUUUGUU